GAUAAUCGUUCCCUUUAAUUUUCGUCGUUUACAAAGUAAUUGGACAAAUUCUGUGGGAUACUCAAUGCGCCGUUUAUUAGAAACCGCAAACGGGAUAUUAUUCGGCACGACACGGUGCGUAAAAUAAUCUUUUUGGGGUCAAACAAAAGUUAUUUUAAAAUAGCUUUAGAUAACAGGCACAGGAAAGUGUUCAUAACGGUGUGUUAAUUUAUGCGCCGGCAUCACAGGGGAAACCGCGGUGAUUGUGCGCCAGAAACCACAGAACACUAAAAACAUUUCAAAGAGUUCGCGGUUCUUGUAUACCCCGAACAACCCCGAUAUUUUCCGAGUCGGAUUCACCCGACAGAGACGGAACAUUUGCUGACAUGGCGUCGUAAGAGUGUUGUGGUGUGAAGUUAUCCUGUUCGGGGAUUCAAGCCCUUUUGUUUUUUUCACGGUGACACGUUCGAAAAGUGUUUCCCAAACCAAACAAAAUUCCGCCUGAUCCGCCCAUGUCUGGUUUACCUUACCGGUAUCCACCUCAAUACAACCAGCCAAAACCGGCCGCCACCGCACCAGCCAGUAUGUCAACUCAACGUUUCUGUCUAAGAUGGAACAACCAUCAGUCAAACCUUCUCUCAGUAUUUGAUCAACUACUUCACGACGAGAGUUUUGUGGACGUAACCUUAGCAGUUGAAGGCCAACUUCUGCGGGCUCACAAGAUGGUACUUUCGGCUUGCAGUCCAUAUUUCCAGGCCCUAUUCGUCAACCAUCCUGACAAACACCCUAUAGUUAUAUUAAAAGAUGUUCCGUACAGCGACAUGAAAAGUUUGCUAGACUUUAUGUACAGGGGCGAAGUUAGUGUGGAUCAAGAUAGAUUAACGCACUUUCUGAGGGUAGCGGAAAGUUUAAGAAUCAAGGGCUUGACCGAAGUGAAUGAAGAAAAAUGUGAUAAUAUUGCUUCCUCCCUUAGCCAACAGAAUUCAAAUCAUGUGCCGAAUUUACAAAGGAUCCAGCAGAAUAAAAGAAUUGCCGGAAAUUUCAAUAUGCUGGGCAAUUAUUUGAUGCAACCAAAACGGAAACGAGGUAGGCCAAGAAGGUUGUCGGGAAAUUCAAACGGAGACGAUACUGAUAAUAAAGAUUCUUUAGUGCAGGGUAGUCCAGAAAUGUUGGAAGUUAAAAUGGGUAUGGAUGGUUUUACUGGAAGUAAUUCCGAUGGGAGUACAGGAAAAGAAGAAGAAGAUAUAAAAGGAGUCAAAGAAGAACCAGAGGAACCCAUAGCGGGUACUUCUAAUGAUACUAGGAGUGCAGAAGAAAUUCAAGCCGAUUCAAUGACGCCGCAACAACUGCUAACUCCUAAAAUAGAAGUAGAUGAAAAUUUCGACUCCAACUCGGAUCAACAGCCGACGCCCGAGUCCAGUCGGAUGGGCACGCCGGACAGCGUUAUCAACAAUAACAACAACACGAGUACUCCAUCCACGAGUACAGGGACCGGGACCCAUACAAUGAGCGCCCCGCCCAACAGGCCACCGCCGAAAAGGAGGAUACGCCGUAGGGCGACAUCUCAAAGUCAAGACCCGGCGGAACAGCUUACCGAAAUGUCCGUAAGGGGUCUGAACUUAUUUCGUUACGCGUCGAUAAACGAAGGCGUUUAUCAGUGCACGGAAUGCGCCAAAGUCGACGUCACAAAGACAUUUAAGAACAAGUAUAGUUUUCAAAGGCACGCGUUCUUGUAUCACGAAGGGCAACAGAGGAAAGUGUUCCCGUGUCCCGUUUGCCAGAAGGAAUUCUCCCGGCCUGACAAAAUGAAAAAUCACAUGAAAACAGUGCACGAUUGUUUCAUGCCUAAGGACGCGGUCGUGAACGACGUGGUGUUUCCGCCGAUGGGUUUCUUCCCAUCGAUAUGAAUAACCGAGAUUGAGCAAUAGGUUCGAUACAUGUGGUGCUACUACUUUUGGGUCGACUGUAAUCAAAAUUUUAUCAACAAUUUAUAUAAAGUACAACAGUAGGACUAGUUUAAGGUAUGUGAUUAACCGGCUGCGAUUCUGCGGUUAAAAAUGGCCUUUAAGGUCUUUGUAAUUAGUAGUUUUAGUCGAUGGACCUUCCUGCUAAGCAGCGAGUAAUCGAGCAACAAUAACGUACUAUACUUUUGGUUUAGAAUUGAAUUUUGCGUUCAUUUCGUUAUGGAAUUAGCUAGGGGUCUUUAGGACGUGCUCCGCAAUUUUCAUAUAAAAAGAUUGGCUGUUCUUUGCAUUGGAGUACCAGUCGCGGUUGCUCUGAGGUCGAUUAGGGAAGCUUCCGGCCUUUUUGACUGAUUUUAUAUUUCGCUCUUGAUCGGCUGAAUCUUUCAGUUUCAAACGGAAUUGUAUAAUUAUGUAUUAAGUGCUAUUAGAACCAGUCCAAAAGGUCUCUGUAUAUUUUGACAAAAAUAAAAACAAUCGCAGGGCACGAGUUUAAAAUUAGAGUAUAAUUUUUAUUUAAGAUGUUCUUGUUACAUAGCACAGACAUUAGGGACAAUAAUAUUAGUUGCAAAUCAUAUAUCGCCGCGUGGCGCACAAAUCUAUAUACCACGUUUAUUAUUGAGGAUAGUUAAACUUUUAAUUUAGGUGUUGGGACAAGGAAAACAAUAACCAUUUACUUUCUGUUUUUUCUUUAUUUUCAAAAGAGCCGUUGUAAUUGUUAUUUAUUUUUAUUUGCUCUAAGCUUUGUUUUUCUGUUGAUUAAUUCUACUUUAGAGUUUUAAGCGAUCGGCAAUUAUUCUAUCUAUACAAUAAUCGUUUUUAUAGAUGUUUUCUUUUCUAUAUAUUAUAUAUCAGAUUUUUAGCUUUCAAGGCUAUGGAUUUUCUUCCUGUAACUUUCUACAUAGACUUGAUAUGGGAUCAAAGAUUUCAAUUUUAUGAAGAGAUGGUUCAACUGAAAAACAAUUAUGUUCUAAAGGAUAUAUAAACAUAAGAAAUGUCUUAAGUAGGAAAAACUAACCUACAUUUCUGUUUAAUGUAAUAAUUAUUCUAAUAAACAAAUAUACUGCACUUGAAAAACGAGUUAGAGCACAAAAUAAGCAAUCAAGCAAAAUCCAUUAUUAAACAAUGGUUGUGGCUAAAACCAAAUUGUUGCAUUUCUAUUCUUGAAAAUUUCUAUAAAUUAAAUUUGAAUUAUCAAUGUCAUCAAAAGAAUUUUUAAUUAAAACCAUUAGAUUGUUGAUAGCGUUCCUGUAGAGAUUAAAACAUUAUCGCGAACGUAUGUGUUACUGUAAUUUUCCUUUGGCAUUUGUUAAGGGUACGUUAAAUUAAAUGUAUUAAAUUUUCAUUAAUCUUUUCUCCAGAGAAAUUUUUGAAAAUUUUAGAGCCAAAUAGAUUUUAUUUAAUAAUAUUGUAACACAGUUGUGGAAAUAGCGAUGUAUUUUUAUUAAUUGAAUAUUUUAAACAAAAUAGAACAAUAAAAAUAUUUCAAUUUGUAAAAUUGAAAUAACAAAAUUAAUAUAGCAAAAGGAUGCAAUAAGAAAUUUUAAGGAAUUCCUCAUAAAUGAGCUCAGAAUAAAUGUUGCAUAUAAAAAGUGAAAAAAUGCUUAUAUGGAUUUUUGGUGUAGAUUAUACUUUUUUUUAAGUUAGGGCAGUUAAGUAAAGGUGGAAGCUAAAUUUUUAUCGUUUCGAAUUGAUGUAGUUGCCUAAAUAUUUCAAUUUAUUUCAAAAAAAGAGACUUCUUUGUUUUUUCUUGUAACCAAUUAAAAUCAUCAAAUAUUGUGCCUUGAAAGUGAAAACAAUGUGAUCAUACUUUAUACUGUGCAAAUUGUACAAAACUAUAGAUAUAUAAUAUCAAAUGAUAUAGAUUUAGAUAUGAAAUAUCUAGUGCAUAACGUUAAUAAGAACGCUGGCAAUAGUUUAUAAUCACAGUGUGAUAGCUUAUUUUUUCGUUCUAUUAAUUUCGAUUUGUUAGGCCCUGGCCAGUUUUGUCACAGUUCUUCCAAUAAGGUUGCGAUCAAGAUAAAUCAAUAACCAAAAUGAGCAAGCUGAUCGUAAUCCUUUGUUUAGUAAUCGUAGGCUACACUAAGUGCAAUUAAUAUAGUUAUAUGCUAAUGUUGGUAGUUUUUAAGCCAUUGUUGAAAAGUCUCUUUAAAACAUGCCUUUACCCAUUGCUGCCUGUUUGUCUCACUGGUUAAUAGUGGUAAAAAUUUAUUCAAAUGAAUCUCCUGUUUAUUUAUGUAAUACAUAAACACAUACAUACAUACAUUGAUAGGAUUACUAAGGAGACUUUUUGAUUUGAAAUAUUUAUUCAAUGAGCAAAUUGUAAAUUUGCCAGUCUUGUUAUUUUUUUUUAAUUUUAUUUUAUAAGAUUCCGAGAUCAUUUAUAUUUUUGCAAUUUGGAAGCAAUUUAUAUCUUUUUUAGUUUAAGUUUUCUAUAUGCUUUAAUUAAUAAUUAAUCUUUGUAAGUGAAUUAUUAUACAGAUAAAUUUAGUUGUUUACUAUCCCUUCUAGGUUUAAUCUGUUAUUAAAAAACGAGAAAAACUGAAUGUAUUGGUGCGACAUAUGUAUUAUAACCCAUGUUUAACUUAAAAGUUUACACAUUAAGAAAUAAU